AUGGGCGUACCUGGAACAACUAAUGGUCCCUCUGAGGACAAUAAGAGUACUACUCGUAAAGUGAGGAAGCCUAGGGUCUCAAAACAACGGAAAACAUCGACUAAGAACAAACCUGUGGAGCAUACAAAUAUUCCUCGUAACCAACCACCAAAUAAGGAAAUACCUGAUUUCCAUUUUAAUAUGGUAGUAUCAGAUGCCAUGGCUGUGAAUUCUCGUCAAUUACUUUAUGCUCACAUUUACAACUAUUUACUUCAGAAUAACUAUUACGAGACAGCAAAACGAUUCUUAAAGGAGGCAGAAGUACCUUUAUCCAAUUUAAAUAAUCCAAAGGCUACUAAUAAUAACUCAUUAAAUUUGAAAGAUUUGGGACCAAAUCAAUUAUUGAAAUCCAAGAUGAUUAUUAGUUCUCCUGAUACGUUUUUAUUGGAAUGGUGGCAAUCGUUAUUGUUAUUGAAUAAUUUCGUGGAUAGUACUCCCUUGGAAGAAUUAAGUUCAAAAUUAGAUUUUUCUUCAGCACCAACUCAGGGAAAAGUGGUCCCAAUCUUACCUUUACAAAGAUCUGGUAACCCUUAUAUGAACUCGAUGCCGACAUCUAACAAUAUACAAUCAAUUCAAACUCAAAAUGGACCUAUUCCAAAUAUGACCCCAAAUAACAAUAAUAAUAGCAAUAAUAAUAAUAACAAUAGCAAUAAUAUUCCAAAGGAAUCGAUAAAUAAUCCAAAAGCACAAUCGAACCCACCACCGCCACCACAGCAGCAGGCACAUAUGAAUACUACAAAUCAGAUGGCAAAUGCUCAAUAUGCCAUACGACAGCAACAACAAUUGCCAAGGCAAGAUCAAUCACCAAUGGUAAAUGGGAUGCCAAUAAAUCCAUCAAUGGGACCACAAUUUAUGCAGCAACAAAUGAUGGCUUCUCAGUAUUCGAAUAUGAUGAAUUUACAACAACCUCAACAACAGAUGAUAAAUAAGAAUGCAAUGUUGAAUGAUAAUGGACAAGUGGUAUAUCCAUCUGUCGCACAGGAUUCAGUGGCUUCAAAUGAUUCACAUAACAACUCUAAAGAUGGAAACAAAGGUUAUAAUAACUUUGAAACAACUCAAAACGCUAAAGGUAUGGUCAAUUCAAAUCAACAACGACAAGUGCAAGCUCAAUUUGCAUCACAAAAGAGGAAACAUUCCGAAAAUAUGCGAAAUGCUUCUCCUCACUCCCAAGUAAUGAAUCAAUCGGGAAUACAGGCACAAUAUCAAGCUCAUUUACAAAACUCUCAAAGACAAGGUUUAGAUGUUGCAUCUGUAUCAGCUGCGUCAUCCGGAUCUCCUAAUAUUAUUAUGAGUAAUAUGCAAGAAGGUAACCCUAACAUGAAAAUGGACCUUUCAGAUCCUGGUAUGCAACAACAGUAUAUGACAAUGUUGAAAUCGAUGUUAGUAAAAAAUCAAACUCAAGGUCAACAAAAUAAUAGUAGCGAGAAUGCAAUUAUUGAUUUUUCUAUGAUGAACUUCAACAUCCCAAAUCACAAUAACGACGAAUCUGGUAAUAACAGUUCUACAAAUCUUAAUGAUGGAACAUUAAAUAAAAAUAUUGGUAAGCCGGAUGACAAUAACAAUAAUGCUAUUAAUGACUAA